GUCAUUUGUCAGAAGGCUCCUAAAGACUCUGCCCAGUAUGAGACCUGUAAGCAAGCCCUCCAAUCAGUCAGCAAGGUAAGAGGUCAACUGGGGUCAAACCCAAACUGAUGCCAGGUCAAAGGUCAUAGACCGUCUCAACAUGAGAUCAACGAAGAGCCUGUUUCCCUGUGGUCUAUGUAUGUGAGCCUGCAUGUAACUGCACACGUGUGUUCAUGCGUCUGUGUGCUUAUAACUGUGUGUGUGUGUUAGGUGGUGCGUCUGUGUGCUUAUAACUGUGUGUGUGUGUGUUAGGUGGUGCGUCUGUGUGCUUAUAACUGUGUGUGUGUGUUAGGUGGUGCGUCUGUGUGCUUAUAACUGUGUGUGUGUUAGGUGGUGCGUAAGUGUAACGAAGGGGCCCGUACCAUGGAGAGAACAGAGAUGAUGUACACCAUCAACUCCCAACUGGAGUUUAAGAUCAAGGUAAGGAGAUGGGCUUGGUAUUAUGUAGUACAGUAUAUUAACUCAAUUAACCCCAUUGGGGCCUAUAGGUGGGCUUUAUGACUGUCAAUUCACCCCAUUGGGGCCUAAAGCUGGGCUUUAUGACUGUGUCAAUUAACCCCAUUGGGGUCUAUAGCUGGGCUUUAUGGCUGUAAACCUACUAUAUAUACUGAAGAGCUGUAAAUGUAGGAUGGACCAGGGCUCUAAACCCUGUUCCUGGAGAGCUACCUUCCUGAAGAGCUGUAAAUGUAGGAUGGACCAGGGCUCUAAACCCUGUUCCUGGAGAGCUACCUUCCUGAAGAUCUGUAAAUGUAGGAUGGACCAGGGCUCUAAACCCUGUUCCUGGAGAGCUACCUUCCUGAAGAGCUGUAAAUGUAGGAUGGACCAGGGCUCUAAACCCUGUUCCUGGAGAGCUACCUUCCUGAAGAGCUGUAAAUGUAGGAUGGACCAGGGCUCUAAACCCUGUUCCUGGAGAGCUACCUUCCUGAAGAGCUGUAGAUGUACUAUAGGAUACUAUGGACACUUAAGAAUACAGACAGAAGCAUUAACAUGCAGAGGGGUUUUGUUUUUUAAAGCUAGAAUCCUUAAAGCAGGAAUGUCUAAUGGUGAAACUGCCAUGUACGUUUGGGACAUUUGAAACCCCACCUCUUUAAGGAAUACCUGGGAUAGGAUAAAGUAAUCAAUAAAUGACGUAAAUGUAAUGUAAAUGUAUAUUACAACAACAAAUGUCUUCUUCUUUUUUUCUGGGACAUCACUGCACGCUUAAUAGAACAGCAGAAUAUGUACUAUUAUUAUUAUUAUUAUUACUGCAACAUUUAUUUUGCACCUGACCGUUCGUCAACAAAACAAACACAAAACAAAGGUGGUGGGGGCGACCAGUGGUGCUGGUUCCCCUACUGCGGAUUUCAUCUUUAAAUUAAACCGUUAGAAAGGGGUCUCAUUCCUCAUUCCCCCUCUCUCACCCCACCUCUGUUACAGCUGAGGAAGGGGCCUGGAGAAAUGAUACCACUCUCAAAUUCAUAGACAGAGCUAUGGAUGCAAGGACUGACCAUCCAUGAUAUUAACAUUAUAGUUUUAACCAUGUUGUGAGGCUAUACAGUGUUUGUUUUUAUGUGCAUUAUUUACAAACAUUGGAGUAAAAUGUGUUUAUAUUUUGGGUUCUGAUGGGGUACGACAGUUGAACUAAGCUCAUGAGGCAUUUAUAAGUUAUAUUCUUUAAGAAUCAAUGGGCACAUAUCAUUAGUUUAUAAGUUCAAAAAUGUAUGUUGCAACUAAGGAUUCUAGCUUUAAAGCCCGUAGCAGGAGGUACUGUGAAGGCAUUACCAUUAGCUUUUCCUCUGUCCUUUUUGAGGAAUAUUUGGGGGUAUUCCUGGUCAUACCUGGCAUUUCCCAAGCGGUCUCCCAGGGGAGAGACACACAGAGAGGCAACAUGAGGUUUCUCUACUAGUGUGUGAAAUGGAGAGGAAUCAUGGUCCUAUAUAACUCUUGCUGCUGCACUACAGAGUAAAUCACACACACACACACACUCAUAAACACACACAUGGUGUUAUGUUCUGUGCAUAUUGUUCACUGGGUCUUUUCCCAGCGUCCUCUUUGAAUCACAAUCAAUUUCUUUCAUCUGUUGAUAUGGACAAAUGUGUUUGAGCAGUGUGUCAGAAAUGCUCACGUAUGUCUCCCUUUACAUACAUACACACAUGGACACGCAUACAAACACACAACCACACAACCACACACACACACACACACACACACACACAUAUAUAUAUAUAUAUAUAUAUAUAUAUAUAUAUAUAUAUAUAUAUAUAUAUAUAUAUAUAUAUAUAUAUAUAUAUAUAUAUACUGCUCAAAAAAAUAAAGGGAACACUUAAACAACACAAUGUAACUCUAAGUCAAUCACACUUCUGUGAAAUCAAACUGUCCACUUAGGAAGCAACACUGAUUGACAAUACAUUUCACAUGCUGUUGUGCAAAUGGAAUAGGCAACAGGUGGAUAUUAUAGGCAAUUAGCAAGACACCCCCAAUAAAGGACUGGUUUUGCAGGUGGUGACCACAGACCACUUCUCAGUUCCUAUGCUUCCUGGCUGAUGUUUUGGUCACUUUUGAAUGCUGGCGGUGCUUUCACUCUAGUGGUAGCAUGAGAUGGAGUCUACAACCCACACAAGUGGCUCAGGUAGUGCAGCUCAUCCAGGAUGGCACAUCAAUGCGAGCUGUGGCAAGAAGGUUUGCUGUGUCUGUCAGCGUAGUGUCCAGAGCAUGGAGGCGCUACCAGGAGACAGGCCAGUACAUCAGGAGACGUGGAGGAGGCCGUAGGAGGGCAACAACCCAGCAGCAGGACUGCUACCUCCGCCUUUGUGCAAGGAGGAGCAGGAGGAGCACUGCCAGAGCCCUGCAAAAUGACCUCCAGCAGGCCACAAAUGUGCAUGUGUCUGCUCAAACGGUCAGAAACAGACUCCAUGAGGGUGGUAUGAGGGCCCGACGUCCACAGGUGGGGGUUGUGCUUACAGCCCAACGCCGUGCAGGACGUUUGGCAUUUGCCAGAGAACACCAAGAUUGGCAAAUUCGCCACUGGCGCCCUGUGCUCUUCACAGAUGAAAGCAGGUUCACACUGAGCACAUGUGACAGAGUCUGGAGACGCCGUGGAGAAUGUUCUGCUGCCUGCAACAUCCUCCAGCAUGACCGGUUUGGCGGUGGGUCAGUCAUGGUGUGGGGUGGCAUUUCUUUGGGGGGCCGCACAGGCCUCCAUGUGCUCACCAGAGGUAGCCUGACUGCCAUUAGGUACAGAAAUGAGAUCCUCAGACCCCUUGUGAGACCAUAUGCUGGUGCGGUUGGCCCUGGGUUCCUCCUAAUGCAAGACAAUGCUAGACCUCAUGUGGCUAGAGUGUGUCAGCAGUUCCUGCAAGAGGAAGGCAUUGAUGCUAUGGACCGCCCGUUCCCCAGACCUGAAUCCAAUUGAGCACAUCUGGGACAUCAUGUCUCGCUCCAUCCACCAACGCCACGUUGCACCACAGACUGUCCAGGAGUUGGCGGAUGCUUUAGUCCAGGUCUGGGAGGAGAUCCCUCAGGAGACCAUCCGCCACCUCAUCAGGAGCAUGCCCAGGCAUUGUAGGGAGGUCAUACAGGCACGUGGAGGCCACACACACUACUGAGCCUCAUUUUGACUUGUUUUAAGGACAUUACAUCAAAGUUGGAUCAGCCUGUAGUGUGGUUUUCCAUUUUAAUUUUGAGGGUGACUCCAAAUCCAGACCUCCAUGGGUUGAUAAAUUUGAUUUCCAUUGAUAAUUUUUGUGUGAUUUUGUUGUCAGCACAUUCAACUAUGUAAAGAAAAAAGUAUUUAAUAAGAUUAUUUCAUUCAUUCAGAUCUAGGAUGUGUUAUUUUAGUGUUCCCUUUAUAUUUUUGAGCAGUGUGUGUGUGUAUAUAUAUAUAUAUAUAUAUAUAUAUAUAUAUAUAUAUAUAUAUAUAUAUAUAUAUAUAUAUAUAUAUAUAUAUAUAUAUAUAUAUAUAUAUAUAUAUAUAUAUAUACACACACACACACACACAGUAGCAGUCAAAAGUUUGGACACCUAUUCAUUCAAGGGUUUUUCUUAAUUUUUUACUAUUUUCUACCUUGUAAAAUAAUAGUGAAGACAUCAAAACUAUGAAAUAACACAUAUGGAAUCAUGAAGUAACCAAAAAAGUUUGAAACAAAUCAAAAUAUAUUUUAGAUUAUUCACAGUAGCCACCCUUUGCCUUGAUGACAGUGUGUUGGGUCAUUGUCCUGUUGAAAAACAAAUGAUAGUCCAACUAAGCCCAAACCAGAUGUGAUGGAGUAUCGCUGCAGAAUUCUGUGGUAGCCAUGCUGGUUAAGUGCGCCUUAAAUUGUAAAUAAAUCACAGACAGUCUCACCAGCAAUGCACCAUCACACCUCCUCCUCCAUGCUUUACGGUGGGAAAUACACAUGCGGAGAUCAUCCAUUUACCCACACAAAGCCAUGGCGGUUGGAACCAAAAAUCUCAAAUUUGGACUCCAGACCAAAGGACACAUUUCCACCGGUCUAAUGUCCAUUGCUCGUUUUUCUUGGCCCAAGCAAGUCUCUUGUUAUUGGUGUCCUUUAGUAGUGGUUUCUUUGCAGCAAUUCGACCAUGAAGGCCUGAUUCACACAGUCUCUUCUGAACAGUAGAUGUUGAGAUGUCUGUUACUUGAACAUGUGAAGCAUUUAUUUGGGCUGCAAUUUCUGAGGCUGGUAACUCUAAUGAACUUAUCCUCAGCAGCAGAGGUAACUCUGGGUCUUCCAUUCCUGUGGAGGUCCUCAUGAGAGCCAGUUUCAUCAUAGCGCUUGAUUGUUUUUGUGACUGCGCUUGAAGAAACUUUCAAAGUUGACUGACCUUCAUGUCUUAAAGUAAUGAUGGACUGUUGUUUCUCUUUGCUUAUUUAACCAGCAUGGCUACCACAGCAUUCUGCAGUGAUACACCAUCCCAUCUGGUUUGGGCUUAGUAGGACUAUCAUUUGUUUUUCAACAGGAUAAUGUCCCAACACACCUCCAGGCUGUGUAAGGGCUAUUUUUCCAAGAAGGAGAGUGAUAGAGUGCUGCAUCAGAUGACCUGGCCUCCACAAUCCCCCGACCUCAACCAAAUUGAGAGGGUUUGGGAUGAGUCGGACUGCAGAGUGAAGGAAAAGCAGCCAACAAGUGCUCAGCAUAUGUGGGAACUCCUUCAACACUGUUGGAAAAGCAUUCCAGGUGAAGCUGGUUGAGAGAAUGCCAAGAGUGUGCAAAGCUGUCAUCAAGGCAAAGGGUGGCUACUUUGAAGAAUCUCAAAUAUAAAAUAUAUUUUGAUUUGUUUAACAACUUUUUGGUUACUACAUGAUUCCAUAUGUGUUAUUUCAUAGUUUUGAUGUCUUCACUAUUAUUCUACAAUGUGGAAAAUAGUAAAAAUAAAGAAAAACCCUUGAAUGAGUAGGUGUUCUAAAACUUUUGACCGGUAGUGUGUAUGUAUAUAUAUAUUCAAAAAGAUUCACAUACACACAUUUGUGUACACGCACACACGUUGGCACAUGUGGGCCUAACAGAUGUCUGCAGGGCUGUGAACUUACAUUCUGCCCUCAUAGCCAGCUGUUCAGACACAUACACACACACACUCUGGAAUGUCUGAAGCACAUUCCAUUUGUAAACCUUGAUAUUGAUCAUCAUUGUGUCGCGCUCUCUCUCUCCCCCCAGCCCUUCCCACUGGUGUCGUCCUCUAGGUGGAUGGUGAAGCGAGGGGAGCUCACAGCCUUCGUGGAGGAGAACGGUAUCUUCUCCAAGAGGACGUCACGGCAGCAGGUCUACUUCUUCCUCUUCAACGACGUCCUCAUCCUCACCAGGAAGAAGAGGUGGGUCCACAGUCUCACAGCCAAUCCCACAUGCUCCCCGACCAAUCACAGUCAACUUCAGUCUCAAUAGCCAAUCACAGCUAACUCCCACACUCACUAGCCAAUAACAGUCAACUGCAAAGUUUCACAAGCCAAUUGCAGCCAAUCCCACAGAUAGGGAGGGUGAUGAUGAUGAUGAUAAAGUUUAGUUAUGCUAGAUAUGAAGAUGGCGAGCUCAGAUUCUCUUUCGGUCAUUGCGACAGAGUUUUGUGCGGGAAACUCAGUGUGUUCGUGUGUUGUCUCUCUGGUAUGAGUCAAGUUUGACCUUGGAGUGUGGGCCAUUUCCCAGAAUACACCUCACCGCCCUGUUCCAACAUGUUGACAGUGAAAGUGUAGCCACAUGGCCCCAGUGCCAGGGACAGACAGGGUGUGUGUUUUUAUCUUUCGUUUUCUCAGAAGAUGUGGGACCAUUUCUGGGAAAUGAACCUGGUAGGUUCUAUCUUUGGUUGUUUUAUUAGAGGGAAGGUACUCAUGAUGGCUCUUAGUAAUGCAAACAAACUACUUCAGUCAGUUCAACUGUGAGGUCAACUACUUGAAGAAGCAGAGAAACCUUUAGCAGGUCAACUACUUGAAGAAGCAGAGAAACCUUUAGCAGGUCAACUACUUGAAGAAGCAGAGAAACCUUUAGCAGGUCAACUACUUGAAGAAGCAGAGGAACCUUUUAGCAGGUCAACUACUUGAAGAAGCAGAGGAACCUUUAGCAGGUCAACUACUUGAAGAGCAGAGGAACCUUUAGCUGGUCAACUACUUGAAGAAGCAGAUAAACCUUUAGCACAGGUGUGUAUUAACAGGUGUACAUCAAAUGGCCUGGCUAAACAUACAAAUCUGUCUCUUGGUGUGUUCACAAUCUGUGUGUACUUGUUCUGUGUGUCUGUACAUGUGUCUGUGCUGAGCCCAUGGAGCUGCACAUUGUCAGCAGGAUCAGAACGGAAGCUUGUUUUCUCCAAAACAAUUCAGGAACAUUCUGCACGCCAUUAAUAAAGUAUGACUUCCUGGAAACCAUAUGGCUCUCAUUCAUUCAUUCAUUCAUGUGUGUGUGCAUGCUUCAAAUUUCCCCCCAAAUCUAAAAUGUUUUCGUCUCCAGCUGUGUCUGAGUCGGAUCGUCCUGCUGCUAUCUCUCGCUCUGAAUGACUAAAACCUUUUUUCUUUCUGGGAAUUUGUUCCAAAGCAGCAGGCUCCAGCAGUAUGCUUUUCAGAACGGACUAUUUGGGUAUUGGAUACGUGUGUGUGGAAUGGGUGAUACUGAUAUAAUAUUAGUGUGUUCUGUGGAGGAGGAGCACGGGAGCCCUACUACUAUAUACCCUCUCUCUCUCUUUCUCUCUCUUUCUCUCGCUCUCGUUCUCUCUCAUUCUCUCUCGUUCUCUUUCUCCUUCUCUCUCUUUCUCGUUCUUUCUCUCUCUCUCAUUCUCUCUCUUUCUCUCUCUCUUUUUCUCUUUCUCUCUCAUUCUCUUUCUUUCUCUCUCUCUUUCUCUCUUUUCUCUUUCUCUUUCUCUCUCUUUUUCUCUUUCUCUCUCUCUCUCGUUCUCUCUCUCCUUCUCUCUCUCUCUCUCUCUCUCUCUGCAUGAACAGAAAUAAAAGCACUGGCUAGACUAAUUGUAGGCUAGGUCACGGUACAUUAGGCCAACAGUAGAGCUUGACAGAGAGAGCAUAGACAGCGUUAACCCUGGACGCCAUGCUGCUGGCCAGUCCCUCUUGGACUACCUCUUCUCAUAGCCUCGUCUGUCAGGGUGAUUCUACUGCUAUUGAAAUGGAAUGACUGCCGUUUUACAGCCCUCUACCACCUCAAUUACCUGGACUAACCUGUGCCCCCUCACAUUGACUCUGUACCGGUACCCCCUGUAUAUAGCCUCGCUACUGUUAUUUUACUGCUGCUCUUUAAUUAUUUUCUAUUUUUCUUUUCAAUUUUUUUACUUAUACAUUUUUUACUUAACACUUAUUUUUCUUAAAACUGCAUUGUUGGUUAAUGGCUUGUAAGUAAGCAUUUCACUGUAAGAAUAAAUAAAACAAUUGUUUGCUGAGAGAUGCAUUGCUGAGAGUGACACUUCUCUGUUCAGGAAAACCCUAGAGCCACAGCUGGCCUCUCCUCUCUCCUUCCCUCUGUUUUAUUUCCCUCUCUUCCAAGCUUAUCUCCCGUCUUUGUUUGUUUGAGUAGGCCCUGACUAUUGCAGCUCUGUGGGUGUAACAUUUAUUGACCAUUUUGAUACCUACUGGAAACAAAGCUCAUUUUAUAAGGAGGUUGGGAUCCACCCAAAUCAUUUGGGUUCCUGGAUCCUUUCACAGCAUUAUAAGGCUGCGUUGAGACAAUGACUUAUCAAUGACCCAAGACCAGAUCAGUUAAUCCCUACCAUUGUGUCGCUGAGUUGCCAUAAUGCUUCAGCAAAUGCACAUUAUCCCAGGGGCAUUGGAAGACACAAUCUUCCCAGUAAAGCAAUGAAAACAAUCAAGCAUCCCAGAAAAGUGUUAAAAAUAGUCCACGUUAACAUUAAGAAACAAGGUUCAUGAAAUCAGUCAUUUGCUAGUAACAGAUGAGAUUCAGAGAUUGUCAGAAUAUGAAACUCACUUAGAUAAUACCUUUGAUGAAACCGUGGUAGCAAUACAUGGUUAUAACAUCUACAGUAAAUACAGAAAUGCCAAAGGUGGCGGUGUUGCCGUUUUAUAUUCAGAACCACAUUCCUGUAAAGCUUAGAGAGGAUCUCAUGUUAAAUACUGUUGAAAUAAUAUGGCUACAGGUUCAUCUGCCUCACCUAAAGCCCAUCCUGGUGGGAAGCUGCUAUAGACCAUCAAGUGCUAACAGUUAGUAUCUGGAUAACAUUUGUGAAAAGCUUGAUAAUGUAUGUGAUAUCAACAGAGAGGUUUAUUUUCUUGGUGAUUUUUAAAUAUUGACUGGCUUUCAUCAAGCUGGCCAACUCAAGAAAAAGCUUCAAACUGUAACUAGUGCCUGCAACCUGGUGCAGGCUAUCAGUCAACCUACCAGGGUAGUUACAAACAGCACAGGAAUGAAAUCAUCAACAUGUAUUGGUCACAUCAUCAUUAAUGCUGCAUAAAUUUGCUUUAAAGCAGUAUCCAAAUCCAUUGGAUGUAGUGAUCACAAUAUAGUAGCCAUAUCUAGGAAAACCACAGGUCCAUAGGCUGGGCCUAAUAUAGUGUAUGAGGUCAUACAAUACGUUUUGUAGUGAUUCCUAUGUUGUUGAUGUAAAGAAUAUAUGUUGGUCCGUGGUGAGUAAUGAGGAGCAACCAGACGCUGCACUUGACACAUUUAUGAAAUUGCUUAUUCCAGUUACUAAUAAGCAUGCACCCAUUUUAAGAAAAUGACUGUAAAAACUGUUAAAUCCCCGUGGAUUGAUGAGGAGUUGAAAAAUUGCAUGGUUGAGAGGGAUGAGGCAAAAGGAAUGGCAAAUAAGUCUGACUACACAACCGAUUGGCAAACAUAGUUGAGAAAUCAUGUGACUAAACUGAAUAAAAAGAAGAAGAAUCUAUACUAUGAAACAAAGAUAAAUAGCCGACCCAUCAGCCUGUUAACAAUCCUUGGUAAACUUUUGGAAAAAUGUUUGUUUGACCAGAUACAAUGCUAUUUUACAGUAAACAAAUUGACAACAGACUUUCAGCACGCUUAUAGGGAAGGACAUUCAACAAGCACAGCACUUACACAAAAAACUAAUGAUUGGCUGAGAGAAAUAAAUGAUAAAAAGAUUGUGGGACCUGUUUUGUUAGACUUCAGUGCAGCUUUUGACAUUAUUGAUCAUAGUCUGUUGAUGGAAAAACAUAUGUGUUAUGGCUUUACACCCCCUGCUAUAUUAUGGAUAAAGAGUUACUGUCUAACAGAACAGAGGGUGUUCUUUAAUGGAAGCCUCUCCAACAUAAUCGAGGUAGAAUCAGUGAUUCCGGAAGGCGGCAGUCUAGGCCCCUUUAAUUUUUUUUAUUUUUACUAAUGACAUGUCACUGGCUUUGAGUUAAGCCAGUGUGUCUGUGUAUGCGGAUGACUCAACACUAUACACGUCAGCUACCACAGCGACUGAAAUGACUGCAACACUUAACAAAGAGCUGCAGUUAGUUUCAGAAUGGGUGGCAAGGAAUAAGUUAGUCCUAAAUAUUUCAAAAACUAAAAGCAUUGUAUUUGGGACAAAUCAUUCACUAAACUCUAAACCUCAACUAAAUAUUGUAAUAAAUCAUGUGGAAAUUGAGCAAGUUGAGGUGACUAAACUGCUUGGAGUAACCCUGGAUUGUAAACUGUCAUGGUCAAAACAUAUUGAUACAACAGUAGCUAAAAUGGGGAGAAGUAUGUCCAUAAUAAAGCAUUGCUCUACCUUCUUAACAGCACUAUCAACAAGGCAGGUCCUACAGGCCCUAGUUUGGUCGCACCUGGACUACUGUUCAGUCGUGUGGUCAGGUGCCACAAAGAGAGACCUCUGGAAAAAUUACAAUUGUCUCAGAACAGGGCAGCACAGCUGGCCCUUAAAUGUACACGGAGAGCUAACAUUAAUAAUAUGCAUGUCAAUCUCUCCUGGCUCAAAGUGGAGGAGAGAUUGACUUCAUCACUACCUGUAUUUGUGAGAGGUAUUGACAUGUUGAAUGCACCGAGCUGUCUGUUUGAACUACUGGCACACAGCUCGGACAGCCAUGCAUACCCCAGAAGACAUGCCACCAGAGGUCUCUUCACAGUCCCCAAGUCCAGAACAGACUAUGGGAGGCGCAUACAUAGAGCCAUGGCUACAUUGAACUCUAUUCCACAUCAGGUAACUGAUGCAAGCAGUAGAAUCGGAUAUGAAAAAAGAUAUGUACCAGGACAUUCUUCUCUCUCUCUCUCUCAUUCAUUUUACAUUUUAGUCAUUUAGCAGACGCUCUUAUCCAGAGCGACUUACAGGUAGUGAGUGCAUACAUUUUUUUUUUCUAUUAUAUAUUUUUUCUUUCUCCAUACUGGCCCCCCGUGGGAAUCGAACCCACAACCCUGCCGUUGCAAACGCCAUGCUCUACCAACUGAGGCCAAUUGUGCGCCGCCCCAUGGGUCUCCCGGUCACGGCCGGCUAUGACAGAGCCUGGAUUCGAACCAGGAUCUCUAGUGGCACAGCUAGCACUGCGAUGCAGUGGCUUAAACCACUGCGCCACUCGGGAGACAAAAAAAAAAAAAAAAGAUCCGUUUUCUUUUAACAAAUGAUCAGUAAUCAUUACUCAGUAUAAUAAAUAACAAAAAAAUAGACAUUUAAAAUAUAUUAUUGUACAGUGUUGUAAUAGUGUGCAAAUAGUUGAAAUAAUCAGAUAAAUAUAGGUUGUAUUAAAAUGGUGUUUGUGCUCCACUGGUUGCCCUUUUCUUGUGGCAACAGGUCACAAAUCUUGCUGCUGUGAUGGCACACUGUGGGUGUGGGGUUAACAGAGGACUCUCUCUCUCUCUCUCCCCCUCUCGCUCUCUCUCUGUCUCUCUCUCUCCCCCUCAGUGAGGACAGCUAUGCAGUGAUAGACUAUGCUCUGAGGGACCAUAUCUGGGUGGGACCCUGCCAGGCUGAGGAUGUCAACCUAUCACCCGUCAGAAGCACCGCUGGAAUGCUGACAUCACGGCAGCCCGGGGCCAGCCACAUCUUCCGCCUGCGUUUCCGUAGCAACCAUUCCGGAGACAAGGUGCCCAUGGUCCUGGGGGUGGAGCUAAUGUAAGUGUUACCUUCUAGUGUGCGACCCUUGACCUUUGUAUCUGUGUCUGUCUUCUUUCUUUCUCUGAGCUGGGUCUUAUCUGGGUCCUAUCUAUCUCUUAGCUGGUCUUAUCUGGGUCCUAUAUAUCUCUCUGAGCUGGGUCCUAUAUGGGUCCUAUCUAUCUCUCUUAGCUGGUCUUAUCUGGGUCCUAUCUAUCUCUCUGAGCUGGGUCCUAUAUGGGUCCUAUCUAUCUCUCUGAGCUGGGUCCUAUAUGGGUCCUUCUCUCUGAGCUGGGUCCUAUCUGGGUCCUAUCUGGGUCCUUCUCCUCUCUGAGCUGGGUCUUAUCUGGGUCCUUCACUAUUUGUCUCAUUUCUACAUCUUUUCCUAUUCAGUUCAUCCUUCUGUCAGUUGGGUCAAAUAUGAUGUAAUGUCAUCUAUAAUAUGAUGUGCUCUUGGAGUGUGUGGGCAGGUGUGUGUUCCAUCAGGAACAUGUUUCUUUAUGUAUGUCCCUCAGUGAUUACAUCUGAUGGGAUGGGCGUUUUCAAUCCCACAAUGCCUUUGGUGUGUGUGUGCGUGCGUGUUUAUUCAGAGUCAGGCCUCUGAAACAAGUCACUCAGAUCAAAGUCUACUCUCAGUUUAUAGACUGCAAUUUUCUCUCUAAGACACACACACACACAUACACACACACACACACACACACACUGAUCAAAGUCCCCUGUAUUCAGCGUUUCUAGCCAUAUCUCCUCACAGCGUACCAUUAACCCUCCCCACUCUGCUGUCUCAGUCCUCAGGGUAAUGUUUACCCAAACACUUCAUAUUUCUGCCUCUAAUGGAAUAAUGUUCCCCUCAGCGAACACUGGCUAUAUAGGGAAUCACUUUCCAAUGACAUAGCAGCCUAUUUUGGGCAAUAGUUUUAUAUCACCCACACCCAUUGUAUCAUUUGGGAUAGUAGCUGGGGGCAUUUCAGGAGCUUCCUCCUCUGUAUGGUAAUGGGGAAUGCAGUGAGUUGAGUUCCAAGUGUAACAGAGUAGUUUAAGUAGCUGCAGGCUUCCAGACGGUACCUGUUUAUAGACACUUAUACAUUCCACUCUACUGAAGUUGAGUCUAGAGCACUUCCUCAUAUUUUAAGUCAUUUUAUUACCCUCCGGUAACUCACUCUCUCAAUUCAAUUCAAUUCAAGUCGCUUCAUUGGCAUGGGAAACAUAUGUUUACAUUGCCAAAGCAAGUGAAAUAGAUAAUAAACAAAAGUGAAACAAUCAACAGUACAGUAAAUAGUAAAUAUUACACUCACACAAGUUCCAAAAUAAUAAAGACAUUUCAAAUGUCAUAUGUGGGUGGCUUAGUGGUUAAGAGCGUUGUGCCAGUAACCGAAAGGUCGCUGGUUCUAAUCCCCGAGCCGACUAGGUGAAAAAUCUAGUCGAUGUGCCCUUGAGCAAGGCACUUAACCCUAAUUGCUCCUGUAAUUCACUCUGGAUAAGAGCGUCUGCUAAAAUGACUAAAAUGUAAAUGUAAUGUCUGUAUACAGUGUUAUAACAAUGUGCAAAUAGUUAAAGUACAAAAAGGGAAAAUAAAUAAACAUAAAUAUGGGUUGGAUUUACAAUGGUGUUUGUUCACAAAAUUGGAUUUGUUUUUAAAUUAUUUGUGGGUCUGUGUAAUCUGAGGGAAAUAUGUGUCUCUAAUAUGGUCAUACAUUUGGCAGGAGGUUAGGAAGUGAAGCUCAGUUUCCACCUCGUUUUGUGGGCAGUGUGCACAUAGCCUGUCUUCUCUUGAGAGCCAGGUCUGCCUACGGCGGCUUCUCUCAAUAGCAAGGCUAUGCUGACUGAGUCUGUACCACAGGAGGUUGGUGGCACCUUAAUCGGGGAGGACGGGCUCGUGGUAAUGGCUGGAGCAGAUUUUGUGGAAUGGUAUCAAAUACAUCCAACGCAUGGUUUCCAUGGUUUCCAUGAGUUUUAUAACAUUCCAUUCGCUCCGUUCCAGCCAUCAUUAUGAGUCGUCCUCCACCCAGCAGCCUCCGCUGGUCUGUACAUAGUCACAGCUUUCCUUCAUUUUGGGUCAGUCACAGUUGUAGGGCAGCCCCCGACGUGACUUAUCAAUUGUAUGCAAUAAUUUCCUCUGUGUUGUCUUAGGAAUUCAGCAUCCUCUGUGUUGUCUUAGGAAUUCAGCAUCCUCUGUGUUGGUCUUGCCAACCCCCAUUGUCUCACCUCUGAGAAGGAGAGGUGACAUCCUGUUGGUCUGAUAUCUGAUUGGAGGUUAACUUUACAGUAAUACUACUGGUCCACAACUCAGAUUUAGAAUCCAAACAACUCAGAUGCUUAUAAAAUGAUCUUAUAUUCAUUGUUCUUUCUCUUGUGUACCUGCUGUGGUGAGAUGCGCUCUCUCUCUCUCUGUGUCUCUCUCCUCUCUAAUUCUGCUCUGCAUGCAUUUUUUGGUGUUUUACAUUGUAGACAGAGUAUAUUUUUGGUGUUUGUCCCAUUUUGUGAAUUAUUGGUUGGUGAGCGGACCCCAGACCUCACAACCAUAAAGGGCAAUGGGUUCUAUAACUGAUUCAAGUAUUUUUAGCCAGAUCCUAAUUGGUAUGUCAAAUUUGAUGUUCCUUUUGAUGGCAUAGAAGGCCCUUCUUGCCUUGUCUCUCAGAUCGUUCACACCUUUGUGGAAGUUACCUGUGGCGCUGAUGUUUAGGCCGAGGUAGGUAUAGUUUUUUGUGUGCUCUAGGGCAACGGUGUCUAGAUGGAAUUUGUAUUUGUGGUCCUGGCAACUGGAUCUUUUUUGGAACAAUUUUUGUCUUAAUGAGAUUCACUGUCAGGGCCCAGGUCUGACAGAAUCUGUGCAGAAGAUCUAGAUGCUGCUGUAGGCCCUCCUUGGUUGGUGACAGAAGCACCAGAUCAUCAGCAAACAGUAAACAUUUGACUUCAGAUUCUAGUAGGGUGAGGCCGGGUGAUAUAUGUGCGCUCUCGCUCUCUCUCGUUCGUCCUGGGUGUAUACCUACAGUAGUGCCGCGACAGGGCAGUUGGAUUAUAUAACUCACUCACAAAAAGACGCCUGCCUUUCACUGGCCUUUAUAUAAAGGACGUGUUCACUUCCUUUGUCAGUGAAUAGGGAGUGCUUACAUGCAGGCGCGCGCACACACACACACACACACACACACACACACACAAUCAAGGCCAGAUCUCCCUCAUUCCUCUAUCUGUUUAGGUAAACCUCCCUUUCUAAUCACAUUCUCUACAGAUCGGAACUCUUUAGACACCUAGCAUAAACAUAACAUUAACUUCAACUACUCUGAGUCAAAUGGCCAUCUUAGCUAAACGUAUCCAUAAAAACUAGAAUGCCUUGUGAACUAUUUUAGCCCGAGUCCAUAGUGAUGAGGCCAGGCUGUCUGUCUGGCCGUCUGCUUCCAGUAAUUGUGUUAUGUGUGACUGACUGGAGGGCUUUUCCAGGCUAUAUGCUAGCCACCACAUACCAUGCCUUGACUCAUACUGCCCAUUGAGCUGCAUUAGCCUGGGUCCCCCUCUCCCUGAGUGUAUCUUCACAGAGUGUGUGUGUGUGUCCGUGUCUGUUUGGAAAGCCCCCGGAUUUCCCCCUCUAAAAGCGUGGGUCAGGGCCCCCUGCUGUAAUGUAAUGACUUAAUAAUAGUGAUGUCUUUGUGUGUCUGUCUUUGUCUCCAGUGUGUGUGUGUGUGUGUGUGUGUGUGUCUGUGUCUGUGUCUGUGUGUGUGUGUGUGUAAGCAGUUUGCCACUCACUGUAGUAGCCCAGUGAAUGAUCUGGAGUAGAGCGCCACCGGCAACCAGCCAUUGUUACAGUGGUUGCUACGCAUUGUGACACUGGUUGCCUAGCAGUAACCCAUUGUUGAAUUGGCUUGUUCCCACGAUUCACACUCCAACCCCCUCGUCCCUCUCUCAUCUCUUUCUCCUCUUUGGAUCUCAUCCUUCACUGUGUGUUAUUGUAGACCAGAACAGAGGCUGAAAACACUCACCGUGUACUGUAGUAGAGAGAGGGAGAGAGAGAGAGAGAGGGAGAGAGAUGAACACAGAAAACAAGUGUGUAACAUAAUUAUUUUUUUUCACAAAGUCGAGGUGUGAGACAAGGCUGCAGUUUGAGUCCAAACCUUUUCAACAUUAAAUCAAUGAAUUAGCAGACAUGUUGGACCAUUCUCCAGCCCCAGGACUCACACUAUUUGACUAUUUGAGGUAAAAUAUCUGCCAUAUGCUGAUGAUGUGGUUCUUCUAUCACCAACAAAAGAAGGUCUUCAACAGACUCUUAAUAUUGUAGAGCAAUAUUGCCAUAAUUGGGCCCUUGCAGUACAUAAAUAAAUAAAAUAGAAUCAUGAUUUUCCAGAAACACAAAUAUAAAUUCAACUUGAAUAACACCAUAAUUGAACACAUAAAAAAUUACUCAUAUCUUGGUCUGACCAUAUCUGCAUCGGGAAACUUUAAUAUGGCAGUGAAUGCACUCUAAGAAAAAUCCCACAGAGCAUUGUAUGCAAUAAAAAUGCAAUUAGAAUUUGGACCAAAAUAUUUGACAGCGUAAUCCUACCAAUAGCACUUUACGGAAGUGAGGUUUGGGUGCCACUCAAUAAACUGUACUUUAAAAUGUGGGACAAACAUCCAAUUGAAGCCCUACAUGCAGAAUUCUGUCGGAAAGUUAUACAAGUCCAAAGAAAUACACCAACUAAUGCAUGUAGGGCAGAAUUGUUCCGCUUUCCAGUGGUAAUGAAAAUACAGAAAAUAUCAUUUACAUUUGGCCUACAUCUAAAUUCAAGUCCAAAUUCAAGUCUCCAAUUUAAAAUCAUGAACCAAUCAAAGGGACUCAUAUUUACAACAUUGGAAAAACGAAACAAAAUCCCAAAGCCGACUAAAUUGCUAACUGGCACUAAACAGAGAAUAUGAAUUGGCUGUUUAUCUCUACUCUGUCAGAGAUAUGAACCAGAGACAGAUCCUUACCAAGUACAGGCUGAGUGACCACCAAUUGGCAAUAGAAACCGGCAGACAUAAAAAUACAUGGUUACCCAAAGAGGAGCGUGUAUGUGGUCACUGCAUGACAUGGGAGGUAGAAACAGAGAUGCACUUUCUCAUUUACUAUGAUAAAUAUUACUCAGCAAGAGAUUAAUUAUUCACAGAAAUGUAUUCCAAAUUUUAACUUAUUAAAUGGCUCCUCUUGCAGCCAAAUAUGUAUUUGCCUGCCAUAGACUGAGGGACACUGAAUAAUAACAUCUGCAUAGUAAACAGUAACUUAGUUGUUGUUGUUGUGAUUAUUCCAAAUAGUAGUGGUAGUAGUAGUAAUGAUGAUGGUAGUUGUAGUACUGAUGUAAUGGUGAGGAUGACAGUUAGUUUCAUUUUCCAUGUUUAGCCUUUUAUAUGUAUUAUAUUUCUACUAUUGACUGUUACCAUUUUAUUGUUGUUAUUAUUACAAUGUAUAUUGACGAGAGAGAGAGCGACAGCACAUGAAGCCCUCAUCCCUGCUUGUCUCUACCUGUGUGUGUGUGUGUGUGUGUGUGUGUGUGUGUGUGUGUGUGUGUGUGUGUGUGUGUGUGUGUGUGUGUGUGUGUGUGUGUGUGUGUGUGUGUGUGUGUGUGUGUGUGUGUGUGUGUGUGUGUGUGUGUGUGUGUGUAUGUAACGAGGUGCAUAUAUCACUGUAAGCUACCUGUAUCUGUUGGGGUUGUGAUUGUGUUGCCACAGUGGACUUUUCCCACCACGGUCUGUGGAGUGGAAUGGAGCUACUGUAAAUACAGACCCACAGACAGACAGACAGACAGACAGAGCAGUGUUGUUGUGUGCAGACUGGUUCUGUGUUGUCUGCACUGUGAUACUGGCACACAGCUGUUUCUCUCUCUCUCUCUCUGUCUCUGUCUCUGUCUCUGUCUCUGUCUCUGUCUCUGUCUCUCUGUCUCUGUCUCUGUCUCUCUCUCUCUCUCUCUCUCUCUGUCUCUCUGUCUCUCUCUCGCUCUCUUGCUCUGUCAUUGUUUGACAGAUGCUUUUUGCUGCAUGCUACAGAGAUGCACUGUGUGUGUGUCUGUCUUUGUCAGUGUAUAUGUCCAUGUGUCUCUGUCUCCUCUCUACCCUGCUGUGUUGGGUCCAGUUCUGAGAGAAACACUUUUAAGAACACUUUUAAGUGGAGGGAACAGACAGACAGACAGACAGAGCUAGACAACACAGACAGACGGACCGACACCAGUUACAUAAGAAACUAGACUGGUGACUGACUAUCUUAUUAUGCCUUUUUCUUGAUGGAUCCCAUCUGUGUGUUUGUGUCUAUGAUCUACUGGAGACGGAUUGAUGGGAAUUCACACACUGGGAUCUUCUGGGAUGUUCCCUGGUCUGGGCUAGAGGUAGUUCCCUGGCCAGCCCUGGUCUGGGCUAGAGGUAGUUCCCUGGCCAGCCCUGGUCUGGGCUGGAGGUAGUUCCCUGGCCAGCCCUGGUCUGGGCUGGAGGUAGUUCCCUGGCCAGCCCUGGUCUGGGCUGGAGGUAGUUCCCUGGCCAGCCCUGGUUUGGGCUGGAGGUAGUUCCCUGGCCAGCCCUGGUCUGGGCUGGAGGUAGUUCCCUGGCCAGCCCUGGUCUGGGCUAGAGGUAGUUCCCUGGCCAGCCCUGGUCUGGGCUGGAGGUAGUUCCCUGGCCAACCCUGGUCUGGGCUGGAGGUAGUUCCCUGGCCAGCCCUGGUUUGGGCUGGAGGUAGUUCCCUGGCCAGCCCUGGUCUGGGCUGGAGGUUGUUCCCUGGCCAGCCCUGGUCUGGGCUGAAGGUAGUUCCCUGGCCAGCCCUGGUCUGGGCUGGAGGUAGUUCCCUGGCCAGCCCUGGUCUGGGCUGGAGGUAGUUCCCUGGCCAGCCCUGGUUUGGGCUGGAGGUAGUUCCCUGGCCAGCCCUGGUCUGGGCUGGAGGUAGUUCCCUGGCCAGCCCUGGUCUGGGCUGGAGGUAGUUCCCUGGCCAGCCCUGGUUUGGGCUGGAGGUAGUUCCCUGGCCAGCCCUGGUCUGGGCUGGAGGUAGUUCCCUGGCCAGCCCUGGUCUGGGCUGGAGGUAGUUCCCUGGCCAGCCCUGGUUUGGGCUGGAGGUAGUUCCCUGGCCAGCCCUGGUCUGGGCUGGAGGUAGUUCCCUGGCCAGCCCUGGUCUGGGCUGGAGGUAGUUCCCUGGCCAGCCCUGGUCUGGGCUGGAGGUAGUUCCCUGGCCAGCCCUGGUCUGGGCUGAAGGUAGUUCCCUGGCCAACCCUGGUCUGGGCUGGAGGUAGUUCCCUGGCCAGCCCUGGUCUGGGCUAGAGGUAAAGCAGUGUUUUGUCUCAAUGACGAGAGUUCUGUGGAGAUUCUGCUGGAAUGGUCUCCUGAUUUGUGGUUAGGUGGGAUGAAAAAUAGCAGUUUUAGUGAUUUUGAGUUGGCAGAGGAGUGAGAGAGAUGAUGUCAUUACUCUCUCUCUUGACUAUGAGUGAGAAUAUGCAGUACAGUUCCUCUGUUUACGUGUGUGUGUGUGUGUGUGUUUGCGAGUGUGUAUGUGAACCGCAUGCGUGUUCGUUUGUGUGUGUAUUUGGGGGAUUUAUCUGAUGUUAUCUGGACUUGAUCUCAAUGGAUCUGAAAUGAACUGGGUUGAGCUCUGCUCUGUUGCUGGUUCAUUGAGUCCAUUUCCAGUCUCUCUGACAGCCUCUCUCUACUAAACUCCAGUCAGUCUAGAUCCAGUCUCUCUGACAGCCUCUCUCUACUAAACUCCAGUCAGUCUAGAUCCAGUCUCUCUGACAGCCUCUCUACUAAACUCCAGUCAGUCUAGAUCCAGUCUCUCUGACAGCCUCUCUCUACUAAACUCCAGUCAGUCUAGAUCCAGUCUCUCUGACAGCCUCUCUCUCUACUAAACUCCAGUCAGUCUAGAUCCAGUCUCUCUGACAGCCUCUCUCUACUAAACUCCAGUCAGUCUAGAUCCAGUCUCUCUGACAGCCUCUCUCUCUACUAAACUCCAGUCAGUCUAGAUCCAGUCUCUCUGACAGCCUCUCUCUCUACUAAACUCCAGUCAGUCUAGAUCCAGUCUCUCUGACAGCCUCUCUCUACUAAACUCCAGUCAGUCUAGAUCCAGUCUCUCUGACAGCCUCUCUCUCUACUAAACUCCAGUCAGUCUAGAUCCAGUCUCUCUGACAGCCUCUCUCUACUAAACUCCAGUCAGUCUAGAUCCAGUCUCUCUGACAGCCUCUCUCUCUACUAAACUCCAGUCAGUCUAGAUCCAGUCUCUCUGACAGCCUCUCUCUACUAAACUCCAGUCAGUCUAGAUCCAGUCUCUCUGACAGCCUCUCUCUACUAAACUCCAGUCAGUCUAGAUCCAGUCUCUCUGACAGCCUCUCUCUACUAAACUCGUCAGUCUAGAUCCAGUCUCUCUGACAGCCUCUCUCUACUAAACUCCAGUCAGUCUAGAUCCAGUCCCUCUGACAGCCUCUCUCUACUAAACUCCAGUCAGUCUAGAUCCAGUCUCUCUGACAGCCUCUCUCUACUAAACUCCAGUCAGUCUAGAUCCAGUCUCUCUGACAGCCUCUCUCUACUAAACUCCAGUCAGUCUAGAUCCAGUCUCUCUGACAGCCUCUCUCUACUAAACUCCAGUCAGUCUAGAUCCAGUCUCUCUGACAGCCUCUCUCUCUACUAAACUCCAGUCAGUCUAGAUCCAGUCUCUCUGACAGCCUCUCUCUACUAAACUCCAGUCAGUCUAGAUCCAGUCUCUCUGACAGCCUCUCUCUACUAAACUCCAGUCAGUCUAGAUCCAGUCUCUCUGACAGCCUCUCUCUACUAAACUCCAGUCAGUCUAGAUCCAGUCUCUCUGACAGCCUCUCUCUACUAAACUCCAGUCAGUCUAGAUCCAGUCUCUCUGACAGCCUCUCUCUCUACUAAACUCCAGUCAGUCUAGAUCCAGUCUCUCUGACAGCCUCUCUCUACUAAACUCCAGUCAGUCUAGAUCCAGUCUCUCUGACAGCCUCUCUCUACUAAACUCCAGUCAGUCUAGAUCCAGUCUCUCUGACAGCUUCUCUACUAAACUCCAGUCAGUCUAGAUCCAGUCUCUCUGACAGCCUCUCUCUCUACUAAACUCCAGUCAGUCUAGAUCCAGUCUCUCUGACAGCCUCUCUCUCUACUAAACUCCAGUCAGUCUAGAUCCAGUCUCUCUGACAGCCUCUCUCUACUAAACUCCAGUCAGUCUAGAUCCAGUCUCUCUGACAGCCUCUCUCUCUACUAAACUCCAGUCAGUCUAGAUCCAGUCUCUCUGACAGCUUCUCUACUAAACUCCAGUCAGUCUAGAUCCAGUCUCUCUGACAGCCUCUCUCUACUAAACUCCAGUCAGUCUAGAUCCAGUCACUCUGACAGCCUCUCUCUACUAAACUCCAGUCAGUCUAGAUCCAGUCUCUGACAGCCUCUCUCUACUAAACUCCAGUCAGUCUAGAUCCAGUCUCUCUGACAGCCUCUCUCUACUAAACUCCAGUCAGUCUAGAUCCAGUCUCUCUGACAGCCUCUCUCUACUAAACUCCAGUCAGUCUAGAUCCAGUCUCUCUACUAAACUCCAGUCAGUCUAGAUCCAGUCUCUCUGACAGCCUCUCUACUAAACUCCAGUCAGUCUAGAUCCAGUCUCUCUGACAGCCUCUCUCUACUAAACUCCAGUCAGUCUAGAUCCAGUCUCUCUGACAGCCUCUCUCUACUAAACUCCAGUCAGUCUAGAUCCAGUCUCUCUGACAGCCUCUCUCUACUAAACUCCAGUCAGUCUAGAUCCAGUCUCUAUGACAGCCUCUCUCUACUAAACUCCAGUCAGUCUAGAUCCAGUCUCUAUGACAGCCUCUCUCUACUAAACUCCAGUCAGUCUAGAUCCAGUCUCUCUGACAGCCUCUCUCUACUAAACUCCAGUCAGUCUAGAUCCAGUCUCUCUGACAGCCUCUCUCUACUAAACUCCAGUCAGUCUAGAUCCAGUCUCUCUUACAGCCUCUCUCUACUAAACUCCAGUCAGUCUAGAUCCAGUCUCUCUACUAAACUCCAGUCAGUCUAGAUCCAGUCUCUCUGACAGCCUCUCUCUACUAAACUCCAGUCAGUCUAGAUCCAGUCUCUCUUACAGCCUCUCUCUACUAAACUCCAGUCAGUCUAGAUCCAGUCUCUCUGACAGCCUCUCUCUACUAAACUCGUCAGUCUAGAUCCAGUCUCUCUGACAGCCUCUCUCUACUAAACUCCAGUCAGUCUAGAUCCAGUCUCUCUGACAGCCUCUCUCUACUAAACUCCAGUCAGUCUAGAUCCAGUCUCUCUACUAAACUCCAGUCAGUCUAGAUCCAGUCUCUCUACUAAACUCCAGUCAGUCUAGAUCCAGUCUCUCUACUAAACUCCAGUCAGUCUAGAUCCAGUCUCUCUGACAGCCUCUCUCUACUAAACUCCAGUCAGUCUAGAUCCAGUCUCUCUGACAGCCUCUCUCUACUAAACUCCAGUCAGUCUAGAUCCAGUCUCUCUACUAAACUCCAGUCAGUCUAGAUCCAGUCUCUCUGACAGCCUCUCUCUACUAAACUCCAGUCAGUCUAGAUCCAGUCUCUCUACUAAACUCCAGUCAGUCUAGAUCCAGUCUCUCUGACAGCCUCUCUCUACUAAACUCCAGUCAGUCUAGAUCCAGUCUCUCUGACAGCCUCUCUCUCUACUAAACUCCAGUCAGUCUAGAUCCAGUCUCUCUGACAGCCUCUCUCUACUAAACUCCAGUCAGUCUAGAUCCAGUCUCUCUGACAGCCUCUCUCUAUUGGACUCCAGUCAUUCCAGUCUCACUACAUUCAUAACAACUGCUUUCCACAUGGAACCUUUUCUCCAUUUUAAUUUCUGUCUCAAUGUGAAACAUGAACCUCUCACAAUAGUUUUGAUUCCUGGCUCAUGGUAUUUUCAUAUAGUGAUUAAUAGUUUAGGCAUGUAUAACCUUGAAUGGUCUGAUAUUGUAUUAAUUCAAAUGGUGGAUGAGGUGUAGACAUUUGAAAGAGGGAAGGAUGCGCCUGUUAUACACACACUUAGACACACACACACACACACACACACACACACACACACAGAGAGCUUGAGGCUAUGUGCCUCCCAUUCCACACAUUAAAUCAUGGCGCACACAUAAGAUGCCUGUAUGUGGCUGUGAGUGUGUUCCAACAGGAAUGUGUGUGUUGAUGCCUUUACUAAUAUGAAUGAGAGUGUGUAUUAAUAGUGCUUAUACCUCAGCUGGCAUGUUUUAUCGUGGGAACGCUACACACAGCAAUGUGUCAUUCCCACGUCUCCCUUAGACUCAUACAGCCACACAAACGCUCAGUUACUCAGAGACACACACAGGUGUGUGUUUUCUGCUGUCCUCCAGUGUGUUGUGACUCAGUGCAGGUUCACCUGUAGCAGCCAGGGAACAAACCCUGUAUAUUUCCUUCAGUCCCUGAACCGUAGCUAAUACACCAUUACAGUUUCCAUUCACUGGAUAGAUAAGGAUGUAUUUGUGGUCACGUCGACCACCUGCAACCAUCCAAUCGCGUGGUCGUAAAGAAUGCUUGAUCAUAGCGAAAUGUCCUGGAUGAUAGUUGUGGUCCUGUUGAGCCUCAGACAUGCAAGGGACCAUAGGACACUGCCAUAGUAUGUGGCUGAGCACCUGACCUAGAUGACUUUAGUACAGGUGACUUCACUAGGGUGAUAACAGUAGAGACAGCGACAUACUGCAUUUGAACACCACUUUUUAGAGAGUCGCUAAAACCAACCGUGGAGUUACAUUAAUUGUGAGUGAUUAUUCAGGGUAUAUGAGCAGGUUAAAUCCUGUUGAGACAUGAAAUUGCUGUCCUGUACAGUUAGGUGCUGACAUGGUGUGUUCUUAGGGGGGGAAGAUUCCAGGAUUAAGCCGGAACAGAAUUGGAAUGGGAAACGGAAUAAUGGAAUGAUGGAAGUCUGAGUCAGGGAGUUCUUUUGUGCCCCGUGUCCUUGUUGAGAUGAUCCACACAGACUCCAUUCACUCUGCCUGGUCUGACCGGUAGUGGGGUUCUGGGUCAGUAUCUCCGAGUCUGUUCCCUACAUACAGCACUACGUUUGACCAGAGUCCUAUGGGGCCUGGUCAAAAUGAAUGCACUACAUAGGGAAUAGGGUGUACUUUGGGACUCCUGGUCCUGGCUGGCUGUCCACGGUGGGGGUGAAGGGGUGAGACAGAAAGUGCACCCCUCUGUCCCCUCUCGCUAUGUUUCAUUCUCUUUCCACCCGGGCUUUCUUUCUUUUUCUCUCUCAAUCUGUCAAUCUAGUUCACUCCCUCUCUAUGAAUCACUAUAUUCUCUCUCUCUCUCUCUCUUUCGCUCUCUUUCUCUUUCUCUCUCUCUCUCUCUCUCUCUAAUGUAAGGGCUUUAUUGGUAUGGGAAACAUGUUAACGUUGCCAAAGCAAGUGAAGUAGAUAGUAAACAAUAAAUAUUAACAGUAAACAUUACACUCAGAAGUUCCAAAAGAAUAAAGAUGUCAUAUUAUGUGUAUAUAUAUAUACAGUGUUGUAACAAUGUGCAAAUAGUUAAAGUACAAAUGGGAAAAUAAAUAAACAUAAAUAUGGGUCUCUCUUUCAUUGGUGUGGGCAAGUAGAGUUACCUGGGGAAACCUGACCCGUGCCCCUCCUCCCAUACACCAGAGACACAAACUAAAAGCUACUCUGUUCCUUUCCUGUGAAUUAGGCCCCGUGUAGCUCAGUUGGUAGAGCAUGGCGCUUGCAAAGCCAGGGUUGUGGGUUCGAUUCCCAUGGGGGGCCAGUAUGAAAAAAAAAAAAAUGUAUGCACUCACUAACUGUAAGUCGCUCUGGAUAAGAGCGUCUGCUAAAUGACUAAAAUGUAAAUUAACCUUUGUCCCUUUUCAACUGAAUCAAAACCCCUGUGUUCCCUCUGUUCUCCCUCUCUCUCUCACGGACAAGGACUGGGAGGGAGAGGUGGAUGACAACGCAUUUCUCCUUAAUGGACUAAUAAAGCUGUUGAUGUCUUCCUCUCUGUGUGAUGUAUUGUGUUUCUCUGAUGGUGCUUUGUGUGUGUUCGUGUUUCAACAACCAUGACUGACUGUUGUUCAUGCAUCUUAUUCUAAGUGAAUUGAGUCAGAAACUAAGGACAUAAGGAGUGGGGUGGGAGAGGGAAACAGGUUAGACAUCCUGAGGUAAUCAGUGCACUACUUUAUUUGCUUUGCGAUUCUGUGAGGUUGUUGUUUGAUGCUGUGAGGUUGUUGUUUGAUGCUGUGAGGUUGUUGUUUGAUGCUGUGAGGUUGUUGUUUGAUGCUGUGAGGUUGUUGUUUGUGAUGCUGUGA